UCCGGAGUAUUUGCGUCGCGCCGUGUGACGUUCUCCCUCCUCACCUCCGCCGCUGCCUUCUUUUUCCCCGUAUUCUCUCGCAUCGGCGCCGAUAGAAACAGGCGCGGCAGCGAGGGAGGGAGGAAGGAAGGAAGCAGGCGAGCAGGCGAGGCGAAGGCAGACGACCAACGCCGCUCUCCAUUGCUGUUCUUCUCGCGGAGCCUCCUCUCACCUGUGUAGCAGUCCAUGGCGGCGGCGGCGGCGGAGACUUCGGAGGCCGGGAUCGCGCUCGCGGAGGCCAACAUCAACUGGGAGAGGUUGGACAAGACAAGGUUUCAUGUGAUUGGAGCUAUCCUAUUUACAGUCCAGCAAGGUACUCUGCACCCAACAGCCGUUGUGAAGACAAGGAUGCAGGUUGCUGAAGGAGGGCUUGCACAUAUGUCUGGAUUUUCCGUUUUUAGGAGGAUAUUGAGAAGCGAUGGCAUUCCUGGUAUUUUCAGAGGCUUUGGCACCGCUGCAAUUGGAGCUCUACCUGGGCGAGUCUUAGCUCUUACUUCACUGGAGGUCUCCAAAGAAAUGGCAUUUAAAUACUCCGAACAUUUUGAUAUGUCAGAGGCAUCAAGGAUUGCUGUAGCCAAUGGCGUGGCAGGCUUGGUGUCAAGUAUCUUUUCUAGCUCGUAUUUUGUGCCUCUCGAUGUGAUUUGCCAAAGGCUCAUGGUCCAAGGUUUGCCAGGGAUGGCUACGUAUAGAGGCCCAUUUGAUGUGAUAAAUAAGGUUGUCAGAACUGAAGGGCUCCGGGGACUUUACCGAGGUUUUGGAAUCACCAUGUUGACUCAAUCACCAGCUUCUGCCCUUUGGUGGAGUGCGUAUGGUGGUGCUCAACAUGCUAUUUGGAGGAACUUGGGUUAUGGAAAUGAUUCACAAACGAAACCAUCUCAAUCAGAGCUUGUUGCUGUCCAAGCAACAGCAGGAACAAUUGCUGGUGCUUGCUCGUCGAUUAUCACCACGCCAAUAGAUACCAUUAAGACACGGCUUCAGGUCAUGGACAACUACGGUAGUGGCAGGCCAUCUGUCAUGAAAACUACCAGGUUGCUGCUAGACGAAGAUGGGUGGAGGGGCUUUUAUAGAGGGUUUGGACCGAGGUUUCUCAACAUGUCUCUCUGGGGUACAUCAAUGAUCGUAACAUACGAGCUCAUAAAGAGGCUGUCGGUGAAGCAGGAAUGACACGGUUUUGGCUUCUCUUCCAAGUAGGUGGUUAAAUCUUGAAGACUAUCCUUAUUUACACUGGCAAGGAUUGUCGAGUAUCACACGGAGUAGGAAGUUCCUGAUGCAAAUCUCCCGCUUAGUUGCGUAGCACGUCCGAAUGAAACUUAAGAUGUAAAUAUCUGUGCUAAAGGUGUUCUUUUCAGAGUGUAGUAGCCGGCCUUUUCAGGAUGUUAUAUCCUUAGGCCGAGAGGCAUGUUCUGGCUAAUGGAGCACCUUAUAGAUGUACCUGUACGUGGUUCAGCAAAAUUUUGGCAACAAAUUUUGUAUCAUUCGAUUCCAGAAUGAGUUGUCUAGUUGGCGGCAUUGCCCUGCACUCCUGCUUAGGAUCCAUGCUUUUGCCCCCUCUUCCUGGAAGAUGGUUUGCAUCCGUCUUAGAAUCUCAUAAGAUCAGUUGGUUUGUUAUUAUUAGUGUAUUCUGUGCUGGAGUGUUUGUGUAGCCAAGGUCUUGAUUUGGAAAACGGGUGGUUAUAGUAAUAUACAAUAUCAUUUGAUCAUUAAUGUAAGGAACUUUUUGGGCAGUGAAUAACUAAGUCCACGGCUUAGAUA